AUGCCGAAGCUGCAGGAUCAUGUCGUGCAAGCACUCGUCGGACUGUCGCCCUGGAUCCGCGCGGAGUCCAUCGAGCUGAUCUACAACAAUACGAAAGAAGGAUCUGCCCUGCGACGGCUAGCCUUAUAUUCGUUCAUGGCAUUCUACUUCGGGUGCAGCGAUUACGACAACCCAACGUACCGCAAGCACUACAAACAAGGGGUGACGGAUCGACUGGGCGCAUUGCCGUCCUUCAUGGUGGAUUGCUUCGGGGCCAUGAAUGUUGCGCCUUGCGGUAGUCUUCCGUGUCAGUGCGGCUCUUCUUCCGGUGACCCUAUUUGCUACGAGGGGGUGAUAGAGCAAAACUGGCCCAAGGAGAAAGGCGACGCUGAAGAUCGUUUCGGAGACUAUCCUGAUGGUGCAGUCUAG